AUGGAGGGACUUGCCGUGAUUCCUCAGUUGUUGAGAGAAUACAAACUAAAUGCUCAAACCGCGGAUGAGAAUGAUGUGAUUAAUCCUUCCAAUAAUGCUGUUGCAACUCUUCCAAAAAUAAUUCCGAGUACUGUACAGCUUCCUUCGUACUUUCAGUAUAAGGAAACUCCAGAGUUAAAACAAGAUGCAAUUGCCGUUGAAAUUCAAAGCGAGACAGAACUUCAAACGUCUUUCAACAAAAACAUUGCUGAUGGCCAGAAGAAGAAAGGUAUAAGAGAUACCGCUGGCUCUGAUUGGUUCGAAAUGCCCGCUGGAGAACUUACAGAAUCAGUCAAAAGAGACAUCCAAUUGUUGAAAAUGCGUAAUGUUUUGGACCCCAAAAGACAUUAUCGUCGUGACACAUCGACUUCAUUGCCUAAGUAUUUCCAAAUGGGCCGUAUUGUGGAUGGACCUUUUGACUUUGUAAGCAACAGAUACACACGGGCUGAGCGCAAGGAGACUAUACUGGAUGAAGUGCUCAAUGAUACUGAAAGACUUAAGAAGUUUAUCCUCUGCAUGACUAUGAACAAGUAUGGAUGA